UUGUCCUCCGCGGCGUUCCCCGUCUUUCUGUCGGCCAAUGGGCCGGCCCGGGAGGGGGCGGGGCCCACAGGUGACAGCCACAAGGCUCCGCCGCCGCUCCCGGGCCGGUGCCUUCAUGAAUAAUUUAAAUGACCCUCCCAACUGGAACAUCCUGCCAAACCAACGAGAGCCCGGGGAUGAAGGCAGCAGAUGGAACUACGCCUUGCUGGUCCCCAUGCUGGGCUUGGCAGCCUUCCGUUGGAUCUGGACCAGAGAAUGUCAAAAAGAAAUAGAAAGAGAAAAGAAAGAAUAUUAUAAAAAACAUUCAACAUUACAGAAAGACUUGGAAGCCAAAUACCGGGAUGUAAUCACAGAAAAUCGUCGCACAGUUGCUCAUUUGGAGUUGGAGCUGGAAAAGGAACGGAACAGAACCCUGAGUUACCGUCAGGCCCUCGUGUCCCAGAGUCGCAAACUGGUAGAAGAAAGAAGGAUCCUAGAACAGGAACAGGAGAAGUUAGAGCGAGAAAAACAAAUCCUUUUGCACUCAGGAGCAGCAGGUAACUUGUACCAGAGUUGUCUGGCAAAGGAAGAAGAGUGGCAAAAGAGAGCCAGUAUUUUACUAAAAGAAUUUGAAGCGGGACUUCAGGAAAGGCAGGACAUCUACUGCAGUCUUGUGGUACCCAGAAGCCAGAGACUAGAAAUAGAGAAGAAUCUGCUAGUUAAAGCAGCAACUGAUCCUGUUGCUAUGGCUCUACAAAUGGAAAGUGGCUUAAAAGAUAUUUUCAAACAUGAUAACUACUGUGGCAAUCUGCUGAACAGGAACAAAAGUCAAAAUGGAAGACUUAUGUGGCUGUAUCUGAGAUAUUGGGAACUAGCUAUUGAACUACAGAAGUUCAAGAGGGCAGAAAAGGCCAUGUUAGGAAAAUGAUAAGCAGGGGAAGUAAUGGGAUAUCGUGUGAUUGACUGUGCAUAGUAGGGACAAUCACAGUUGUAGUCUGAAGCUGUUAAAUGCUCCUACUGUGUUUCCACUUUUCCUUCUCAUUGCACUUGUAUUUGCAUGGGACGUGUGCAGUGUUGGUGCCUUUCCUCUCACUGUCUAACAACAGAUGCUCCAGUGAGCUAUGCAUGCUCUUAAACUCUGUGAGUGUGUUUGUAUUGCAGACUGCAGUGUAGUAUAGAGGUAUGCCAGCUUCCAUAGGUAUCAGAAGCAGCGACUUUACCUAGUUGAUGGUCAUACUCCUGUCAACAGAGAAGAGUGAUUUGUCUCCCCCAAGUGGGGUAGCACAUUGUGCUCCUUAUCCUGGAUAUUUUACAUGGUGUCUCAAUGCUAGCUUUUUUAUUUUAUUUGAUUUGAUUUUUGUUUGUCUGUUGAAGCAAGGCUGAUUUUGAGGCAGAUGUUUGGAACAGAUAAUGUUUGAGGAAACCGCUUGCCACAUCAAUCAUACGUGUAUAUACAUUUAUAUAUAUGUAUACAUGUAUAAUCCUAUGUGUAUGUACAUUUUAUAUAAAUAUAUAUACAUGUGAAUGUGUGUGUAUAAAUGUGAGUAUUCUAAGGGGGGAGUAGUAUGAUCAUGUUUCAAAUUAAUCAGCCUCACAUUGUUUUCCAGCUUAGUAUACAAAUAAUACUUUAUGAAUGAAACAUCCGAAAUAUGCUAAUUGAAAUAAUACAUAAAGAAAUAAAUUCGUGAAAGUCUCACUGGAGCUAGGGAUCCAUGCUUAAAUACUAGAGUAUAACUCAGUUAUAUUCUCAUCAGACUGGAUGGGUUAAGAAUACUUAUGGUUUUUUCUCAGUCGGGGUUUUGACCCAGGUUGUAACCCAGCAGCGUGCCUCCAUUAUAGAUGUCACUGUGCUGCUGCCUUGCAUCCUAGCACUCAGGCUGCUUCCUGGUUAGCUUGUGGGAACCUCCAUGGAUUACAGCCAUUGCACCUGCCUCUGUUCCUUGGACAGAUCCUGUUUGUUACUUGCAGAUAGGAACUUAAAUGCAACCUAUAUUGGUAGCCACUACCUCUCUCUCUGACUGUCUCAGUUCUCUCAGAAUGGAAAUAUACUUUUCCACAACUUAAUGUGGAGGUUAUGGUUCACCACUUCACAUACACCUGACCAUGAAAGCCUACAGAUAUAAAAGCUUUGCAAAAUUUUAAGAAAGGGGGCUUUUUAAUUUAGUUAGUACAGUCAAAUAAGCACAUUAGAUUUAAAAAAAAACAAAAAACAAACAAAAAAAAAAAACACCAGAAAAACAACAAACAACCAAAACCCCAGUGCAUUGCAAUGCUUGAAGUCCCUUAAAACUUUGAGUAUUAUUUGGGUCCUUAUAGCAGUAGGAACCACCUUAUUUUUCAAAUGUGCCAUGUAUUUUGGAGAAUAACUCAUUUUUUCUUCUUCCUAAUCCAGCCUUAGACCUCAAAGGGGCAGUGGUUACCCUUUUGUUUUUAACAUCUGGGUUUUGUUACUUAACUUUGAUUAAUGUUGUUAGGUUGUCAUUUCUUUAAUUAGCAGCUCUUUAUUUACUGAGGGCUAGACUUGACAAAUAGGUAUGCAAUCAGCUACUGCAUGGCUUGAAAGCAAUCCAGCUAAGUGAAUGCCCAUCCAAGUUUAACAGAGAACUCCAGCAGAUGUGAGUUUUUCUCUUGUUAUUUCCUCCUGGUUUCAUUUCUGUCUGGACACUAAAGACAGCAGAUAAAUCUUUUGAAGUACUGUGUGCAGCCUAAUCCAUUUACUCAGCAAAAAUACCUAACACAAAACAAAAUUCUUAAACAGAAUACACAUUUCCCAGCUACUCAGUUUUCCAGUUGUGAUUUUGCUUACCUUUGUGAUGUUAAUUACACUGUUGUAUUGAUUUAUUAGUCUCUUAUGUACUGAUUUUUUUUUUUUUUUUAAUAAAGUUAUAGUCGAUGACAGACCUGAAAAAAAAAAAGCCACCAUCACAAACACUGGAAAGGUCAAAGUUUGGAUGCCAAGCACAGGCAGGUUGGGAGAUGAGAAUGCAAUUGAGUUACUGCUCUUCUGUGACAGCCUGAGCCAAGCUGCUGUAGCUGGCUGCAUGUGCAUACCCUAAUUGCCCAGUAGAACAAAUUAGUUUGAAUAAUUUACCCUGCCUAUAAUUCCUCUGGGAUGUGGAAAGUGUCUGACUGCACACCUGUGGCACAGUUCAUAUGGUACAGGUGGUUAAGUAACUCAGCUGACAAAUAGCAGCCAGUGAAUCAAUGCCAUUGUAUUUGAGAUUCAUGCCUUGAAUUUGUAUGUGUUCAUUAGCUCUCAGUAUUAAAAGAUCAAACAUUUUAUGCUUUUUCAUUUUUUCUAGUUUGUCAUUGACAUCACUCAAAAUGUUUAAAGGAAAUGUACUUAAGAGGGUAAAAUUGUUUUUUCAGUAUAAAUAUGUUAAGUUGAAGCAUCAUAUGCUCAAUUGUACAGGGUUGGAUGCAAUGUAAUGUUUGAUACUCGAUUUCACUUUUUUAGAAGUGUCAAAUAUUUGUACAACUAAUGGUUGAACUAUUGUUCAUAGACACUUUGCAGAUCAGUAUAUUAAGACUGAAGAGUUAUUUGAGGAGGAUUUUUAAAAGUGUGUUACCGGUUUAGAAACAGCUGGCCUGUUAGUUUCUACCAAUACUCAUGUUUAUUGGUGCAUUAGUAUUUUUGAAACAUUCCCCCUUUGUGGGUUGUUAUGUUGAAAAUUCUGUUGUGAGUUUUAUCUUGCCCAGUAGCUAUUAUUCUGGAUUGGUUAUUUGUUCAGAAAUGCCCAUAUAUGUGUAGAAUGCAAGAAUAAUUUGUUUUCAAAACAUUUAACGAACUU